UCCACUCGCACAGCAACACGCACGCACCUCGCACGCGCAAACAGGCAGAUAGAGACGCACGCCUCCAACCACGUGACCGGCAUCCGCAAGACACUUGUAAUUAAUUAAAAGAAAGGGAUUUUUGGGGGGCUUAGUAUUUUUUUAUAUAUUUUUUCCCCCAUUAGUAUUUUCUCCCAACUUUCUUUGUUUACAAGCGUUUUGUUGCCACUUCAAAACUUUGGGAGGGGAAAAAACGUUUUUUUCAACCCUCAGAUUUUCUUACUUGACUUGAUUUUCAAUUGCAAUUUUUUUGUGGGGGGGGUGGCACACCAUGGAGCUCGCUCCGGCCGCUUGCUUAUUCAGCGCGCAGAGCAUCCCGUUGAGCCCGAGCGGAAAGGCCGCGGGGACCGCGUCCGCCAAGCGGCCCCGCUCGUCGUCCCCGGAGCUCCUCCGCUGCAAGCGUCGGCUGAACUUCGCGGCUUUCGGCUACUCGCUGCCCCUGCAGCAACCGCACGCGGUGGCGCGUCGCAACGAGCGCGAGCGCAACCGCGUCAAGCUGGUCAACAACGGCUUCGCCACCCUCCGCGAGCACGUCCCCAACGGCGCCGCCAACAAGAAGAUGAGCAAGGUGGAGACCCUCCGCUCGGCCGUCGAGUACAUCCGCGCGCUGCAGCAGCUGCUGGACGAGCACGACGCGGUCAGUGCUGCCUUCCAGGCGGGCGUCCUGCAAGCGUCGUCGCCCGGUUUGCAGGCGCACGGCUACGCGACGGCUGAUAUGAACUCCAUGGCCGGCUCGCCCGUGUCCUCCUACUCGUCGGACGAGGUGUCGUACGACCCCCUCAGCCCGGAGGAGCAGGAACUCCUCGACUUCACCAACUGGUUCUGAGCUCCUACGCACG